UUUAUGAUUCUCAUCUUUUUUUUUUUUUCAGUUUUAUUUGCUUUAUGGUAGGAAGUUUUCAUAUAUAAGUAUUCAUAGCUUAAUUGUUUCCUUUAUCAAUUUAUAGCUUAAUACCUUUUAACUACGUUUAGUUGUGCGGGGCCGUUCCAGUAUAGCUAACACGCAAUUAUUUAUUCACCGUUUCCUUUUCAAGUUAUUGCUUUUAUUUUAGGGGCUGUUUGGUAGCAGAUGCGGAUUUGAGCAAAAUCCAGCCAAACGGCCUAAAAUGCAAAACCAAAUCUCACAGCAAAUGAAAGCCGCCACAGACGGAAAAUUCCGCCUUUUGGUGCUAAAUCCCUGAUUUCCGAAAUCCUAUUUCUUGUCGGAUUUACGAAAUCCAUUGGCUCGAGAGGAAGAGUCAGCUCGUUAAAUCCGCUCCAUAGUCAAACAGUCACAUGGGAUUUAAUAGGAUUUAUCAUAGCGCAAGAAAUGGGUCAGACACUUUGCUGCUUGCAAGUGGAACAAUCAACUGUAGCGAUCAAAGAAACUUUUGGAAAGUUUGAUGAUGUUCUUGAGCCAGGUUGUCAUUUUGUUCCAUGGAUUCUAGGAAAAAAUGUGGCCGGCUACCUUUCACUCCGUGUCCAACAGCUUGAUGUUCGUUGUGAAACCAAAACAAAGGAUAAUGUGUUUGUAACGGUUGUUGCAUCAGUACAGUACCGUGCGUUGGCAAACAAGGCUGCUGACGCCUUCUACAAGCUUAGCAAUACGAGAGAACAAAUUCAGUCAUAUGUAUUUGAUGUUCAUUCUACUGCAGUUAUAAGGGCUAGUGUUCCAAAAUUGAAAAUUGAUGAUGUCUUUGAGCAGAAGAAUGAUAUUGCAAAAGCUGUGGAGGAUGAACUUGAAAAGGCAAUGUCCACAUAUGGAUAUGAAAUAGUACAGACACUCAUUGUGGAUAUUGAGCCUGAUGAACAUGUCAAGAGGGCUAUGAAUGAGAUAAAUGCAGCGGCUCGUAUGAGGCUGGCUGCGAACGAAAAAGCCGAAGCAGAGAAAAUUCUACAAAUAAAAAGGGCAGAAGGCGAAGCAGAAUCCAAAUAUCUAGCUGGCCUUGGCAUAGCACGCCAACGUCAGGCCAUUGUUGACGGUCUAAGAGAUAGUGUUCUAGCAUUCUCUGCUAAUGUGCCCGGAACUUCAGCCAAGGAUGUGAUGGACAUGGUUUUGAUUACUCAGUAUUUUGACACCAUGAAGGAGAUCGGUGCCUCUUCCAAGUCUUCUGCUGUGUUUAUCCCACAUGGCCCAGGUGCUGUGAAAGAUGUUGCCGCACAGGUCAGAGAUGGUCUCCUACAGGGCAAGCUUUUACAGUGAGGACUUGAUAUUUGAGAUUUCAUAUCAGUUGGUGUGUUGAAUUUUUAACAGAUUGGAAAUAUUUAUAGGUUUGAUUUUUGUUUUUACUGGGUGUAAUUACUCUGUUGUUUCUUCUGUCUUAGAUGUGCGAUAUACUUUGCUACUGAUUUUUACAGAAAAUUUACUUGUGUAAUCAUGUCAAUUUGCUGCUGUUCUUAUAA